GCUAACGUGUUUUGGGAGAUUAUCAAUUAAGGAGCGAGCAGAGAUGGCCCCGGUGGGGGCGAGCAGGCAAACGAACAAAACGGGCAGCCUUACGCUAACGGAAGGUCGCCAAGCGGGGGAGCGAACCAAUACGGAGGAGGCCAGAGCUAUCUCGGUAAUGGAGGUGGACGUGGCGGCAACAAUGGAUGUUUUAAUUGCGGAAAACCGGGGCACUUCGCCCGCGAUUGGUCAGCAAGGAGGGAGAGGGGAUUCGCCCCCCAGCAAGGUGACCCCGAACUCGACGAGAUGAAAGAGCACUUUAGGCAGAUCAGGAGAGAACGUCUGGAGAUGGAGGAGAAACGGCGACUAGAGGAGGAACGCAAAGCGAAAGAGGAAGAGGAGGUGAGGAGGAAUCAAGAUUUCGCGAGGAAAGCGGAAGAGUUCAAGCUGCAACUACGCGCCGAACUCAUGGAAGAAUGGAGAAGGACGAAAGAUGAAGCGAUAGCGGCGAUGGAGAAGACCAAGAAACCUGGGAAGAUUAAGACUCCGACAAGAGGUGCAAAGGGUAAACCCAAGGGCAAACAGCAGAAGAGGAGAAGAAAGAAGGAAAGGGAAACUACCGACGAAGAUACGGAGGAGGCGAGCGGCACGAACGAAGUGUCUACGGAUUCCACUAAUUCGCGGAGCCACGGCAGGCGAGAAGAAAGGCAAGGAGAGAACGGCAGAAGAAGAGACCCAGAAGCAAACGAGCGAGUACGAAGGGCAAGGGAAGAACGGGAGAUACCCCGACCAGGGUGUACGAACGAGGAGAAUGUUCGUGGCAACGGAAAACGCGACAGUCGGAUGGGAGUACGCAGGAUGAUGCAGAGGAGGCGGACGAACCUAUGACACCACUAACUGGUGGUUUCAAAGGUUUGUUCGCGGGAUGUUCACAAAGAGG